AUGGACAGUGGAAGCUCUGGGCUUGACGACGCGGAGCUCGAGUACAAGGUCGUUAUACUCGGAAACGGAUCCGUGGGUAAGACGUCUCUCAUCAAGCGGUACUGCGAUGACGGCUUUGGACAGAGCUACAAGCAGACCAUUGGACUUGAUUUCUACUCCAAAAAGGUGGAGCUGCCUGGAUCACGGCACGUGUUGCUGCAGAUUUGGGAUAUUGGCGGGCAGCAGCUCGGUGGGAGUAUGAUUAACAACUAUAUCCAUGACACCAAUGCUGUGUGCUUCGUGUACGACGUGACAAACGCCGACUCCUUCAAAGACAUGGAGGACUGGUAUCAGUGUGUAGUCGCCGCCGUGGGUGGCGAGGCGCCGCCGCUGAUGAUAUUAGUGGGAAACAAGACGGAUCUGCCCAACCGGCAGGUAACUGCCGCGAUGCACGCGCUGGCGGCGGAUAUGCAUCAAAUGGACUCCUUCCUCAUAUCCGCGCGGUCGGGGGAGAGGGUCAACGCGCUCUUCACGAAGAUCGCCGCUAGAUUGUCUGGUGUAAAUGUCACGCGGGAGGAACUGGAGAUGGUAGAUCGCGUGGUUGCCACUGUGGAGUCACGACCAGAGGAUCGGGUUGCGGUGUUUCACGCCACCCAAGUAGGAACAAGGAAGACGAAAGUCGGCAAGGAUGAAUGUGUGUUGAUGUAG